CUUCUGUCUCAGCACGAAUCAAAGAUAAUAGAACAAAGCACUAAGUGCAAAGUAAUUAAAUUAACACCAGGAGGGAGAAAUAUUGUUAUAUGAUAUUUUGAAGAUAAAUGUAGGGAAAGAUAUAGCUGAGUGAUAUGCAUUUUUAAUCUCCCCAUCGUAUCAUAACUGUAAUUACAUAAUAUGUCAAGAGUUUGUGGUUAGGAGGGCGUCGCUGAUAACUGCGAUGUCAGUUUUGCGUUAGAAACCCAUCUGCAGUGAUGCAAAGUGAAGAUGUUUACUCGCGAAAAUUAUAUGAUAGGGAAUGGAAAGUUAAGUAGCAGUUCUGUGUGACAGUUUAUAAAGCAAACCGAAUAUUGGGCACGAUAGUUCCUUACGUUAGUGCGUCAUUAACUUGUAUUAUGCGGUUUAACGACAAAGAGUUAGUUGAUGUUGGAACAGGACCAGCGGAAUUAGAAGGUAGACUCAAUCAUCGUCGAGCGACGACCGGCAAUUUUAAUCAGUCAGGAUUCAAAGAACGAUGGUUCAAACUGAAAUCUAACCUACUGUUUUACUUUCGGAUUAAUGAACUUGGAAAAAUUGAUUAUAAAGAGCCUUUGGGUGUCAUCAUCCUGGAAAACUCAAAUGUCCAAUAUGAACUUAGUACAGGUGUACCAUUUUCAUUUUCAUUGAUAUUUCGUGAUGAUCCAGAGAAAAAGCAUUUCUUUUCUGGCCGAUCGGAGUCCCAUGUUAACCAGUGGGUAAUGGCAAUGAAACACGCAUCGUAUGAGUACUGGAGAUCGCAGCUAAUACUGCUUCAAACUAAACUCAACAGUUUGACUGGGAAAGACCCAUUGUUGAUGUAUCCUCACAAUGAGGGUGUGAUAAGAGAUAUCCAGGCACCAGGUUCCCCACUUGCAGAAAAAAAGCUGCAUUCAAAAACUGCCAGUUUUCAGAGUCAUAUGCAAAAUGUUGGUAACAAAGCAUUAGAAACUUUCAAAAGUCAUUGUCAGGAUCUCUUUGAAAGUGACAAUGAACAAGAAAAAGCUGUUCAAGAAGUACAAAAUCUAAUUGAACUAUAAGUUAUGAAUAUAUUUUACCUCAUACAAUAUUUAUUUUUCAUCUGGUGACUGUAUUUAUAAGUAAGCAGAUUUUGAAUGGAGUACAAUUUCAUCAUUGCAAACAUUAUCAUUUUCAGAAGAUCUCUUGUACACUUGAUUCUCCUUCAUAGCAUUUAAGAUACAUUAUAUCAGCUGAUCUCUUGUAUUUAAUUCUUUGUAUUUAACUCUUUGUUAUAAUUGCUAGGCAAGUUAAGCAGAGCCUGUUCAUUUUGUGAUAAAACUGAUAAAAAUGGAACAAUAAUUUUUGCCUAACAAGUUGCAUUUUACUGGAUGUAAUAAAAAUAUAAAUUGUAUGUUGCAUAGGAGAAAUAUACGCUCACCUGAAAUAAACACUAGUUGCUAGGAAUUAAGGACCAGGAGACUGCAAGAGGGCAGGGUAUGUUCUCUUUUUAAGACAUUAACACCUUGGGAAAAUUGGUGAUGGCUGGCUGAGGUGGUGAUUAGGAGUGUGUCAGUGUGAGAGCUGGUGCUAACACAAUGGUGAGGUGUUCAGUAACAAAUUGCCAAAUAUAGCCAUCAGAUUUAUCUACAUUUUUAACUGAAAGUUAUGGGGAGACGGGCAUGUAAUUGUCAGCAGUUUGGUGAAGAGCAGAAAAACAUUUGGGAAAAAGUGUGAGCAAAUGUCCGAUUUUAAAUUGAAGAAUGUAUUGUAUUAAGUGCACUGUACUAUUUCUGACCAAAUAAUUUAUCUGUCCUAAUAAGAAAGACAUUAAAUAUUUUCACACUUCUGUCACUAUUUGUUUUGGCAAUGAAUAACUUGGGUGAUGCUGAACAUGUGUAGAAAUUAUAUUUCAUAUAGUAUCACAAUUUUGUGUUCCUGGUAUUUAAGUGUCAGUGAGCUGCCUUGUUUAGUACAAUGCUGCAUUGAAUAAUAUGAAGCAACUACAGUGUCUGAAAAGUGUUUACUAACAUCACACUUGCAGAAUAUGCCUAAUAAUGAUGCAAGGGAGUUGAUGUGUUUGUUACUGUGAUAUUAAGUGAUAGUAUUCUACUUAAUAUGCCAGUUAGUAAUUGCUCAAAGAUAUCAGAUGAUGUUAAUUUUUAAACAUGGAGCACCCUACUGACAUCUUUCGAUACUUUACAUAAUUUUCUGUAAAUUUAGUGUAAAUACAGACUUGCGGCAAAUGAAACAGAGGGAAAUUAUUUAUGUAAUAUAUUUUUGAAAUGAUAAAGUGUAGAAGUUAUAGCCUAUGGUAUUUAAAAAUAUUUAUGAUACAGCAGUAUUAUAAGAGAUAAGCAUAGUACAGUCAUGAAAUGAUUAGGUUUUACAUACUUAGGUCCUUACUAUUAUUGUAAGUGUGUUACUCUGUAUACAUUGUGUAAUGUUAUCGUUUGAAUCGUAUUUUGGUAUUCAGAUUAUGUCUCGAGAGUGUAACCAAUAGAUUCUAGGUGAAAACAUUGAAUGAAGCUGUUGUAUUUUUGCCUGCAGUUACUUGCAUGUCUAAAUUUAUAUGAUGUUAAUCAUACAAUGUAGGCUUUCACGGCCGGUGUUGUCUUCAGUUGAAACUUGCGGGCUGAGAGGUUAUGGUCGACAUAUAAAAUUUCCACCCAACAUUUCGUCUUCAUAUGCAGGAGAUACCUUCUGAGGUCAUCCGGCUAAGGCUACGGUGUUAAUUCACGUAACCCCCCCCCACACACACACACACAUACAUAUAUGUGUGCCCCUGGAUGGUGCCAUCUAGACUCUUGGGCAGGUGAGAUUGAGGCCAGGACAGUUAUGGGAUCGGAUAGUGUUGCAAGGUAAACUACCGUCUGUGCAGUUCAGAGCUUCACAGUUAGCCAACUGGAUCCUUCCCUCCACCACUAUCUUCUCUGAACAGCACAAAUGGGAGUUGUUGACGCGAUUCUUCCUCGAAUCCUGUAAUCGUUCUGGUCUCAAUCUCGGGGAACCCACUGUCCCCACACCCUCCACCCCCAGCUUCCCCUAUCUCUGCCCCAUCACACCCUCCCAAUUCGUGGCCCCAUGUUGCCUUACUGUGCACCGCUUCCUGCUGACUGCUGUAAUCGUGCCAUCCCGUACACCUGCCACCCCUCCCCCAACACAUUCCUAACCGGCAAACUAGCUACCUCCCUCAGAGCCAUUAUCCACCCAGUGCCAGUACCUCUUCCUCUACCCACCCAACCCCACCUGACAUUACACGCACCACAACCAGCCCACGUGCUACAAAAAAAGUCACUGUCGGUCUAGCUGGCACCAUGUUGAGGUACAACUGUGUACGUGUGAACUUUUGUAUUUUGUUUUACUCUAGAUCAUCUGAGGAUAACUCGGAAAGCUUCUUACUUUUGUCUGUGCCUAUCAACAACUCAAUGCUUCUGGUUUUUGGUGAGUGGCCUCCUUUAAUCCUAAAGUAUUUACAUUCUGCAAGAACUUUCAACGACAAAUUAUUAUCACAGCCAUUUAAAUCAAUCUUGGAAGCGCACCCUACAGUCACUGUCUGCUGCUUUAAGAAGUUCUUACUCUACUGUAUCUUGUCCUGGGAUCUUCCUGUAGCAAGCAUACUUUUUCUGAGCACAUUUCCUUAAUUUCACUGUGGUAUACAGUAACCAGUAGUAAACCAGUUUGUCUCAAACUUUUAUUCGAAGCAAAUUGUAAAUUGAACUGUCAAGUUUCAGAUGUCUAAUUUACUGUUUCUCAAUCAAAGGCUUGAGAGUCAUAAAGGAAGAAGUGAAUGAAUAAAUGUUAACUAAGCUUUAACAUUUAUGUAUGUAGAUGAAAAAGGUGUUCAACACAACUCAAACUUAGAAACUUCAAGUAUUAUCCAAGAAGAGUAUGCAAAACUAAUUCUCCAACUCUUGCCAUCUUCCACUGAUAUUGAGUAUUGUUUACCACAUUACGUUUAGCUCCAGUUGUUUCCUCAGAUACACUUGUUUGUUGCAGAUUGAUGAAACCUACUUGAUUAACUUUUUUUAAGAACCACUCCAGCGCCACACUGUGUUAUCUGAACUUGAAAGAAUUUAAAGGUGUUCUCUCUCAUUUGUAAUACUGUGUAACACAUGUUCUCUUACAAAAAUAUGCAUCCAGGACAAUAGAGGAACACAGUAAAACAAAGUGGGAGAUAACUUAUUUAGUAAGAACAGCCACUGGAUUGCCAAUCUGCAUACUGUCAUGAGAAAAAAGUAUUCAGUGCCUUUCAAGCCUAUUUUAAGAUAUAUAAACUUUGUUAUGUAUACACAAUACAAAAAUAUUCAUAUAUUCACGUUGUAACCUGAGCUGAUACUUUUUUUUCCUAUUUGGUGUUGUAGCUUUUGAGGCAACAAAAACUUUAUUUCUCAUAAAUGUAAAUAGAUGUAUAUGUAGUCUAAAUGUCUGAUUGUGGUUUUGUGUCCCACAUAUUUUAAUAAUAUACAAUACUUUGUCACAGAAUAA